CUUAAUUUAACUUGACGGUCGGCGGUUGCAGGUAGUUGAAAAAGCAAUCUAUGGGAAGGAAGUGAAGAACGUGGCCAUGGCUGAAUCUUGAGUAUCCUCACAUACUCACAUUCUUUUUCUUUCUCUUAUAUAACCAAACUCACAAAAGCUCAAUUACUACUCUACUUCUCUAUUGCUUUUCACCAAACACUUGAUAGGCAUGGCUGUAAAGGAAGACAGGAAGCCAUCAGUUGAGAUCAACAAGCUCAAAUUCACCUACCCUGGUAUCGAUGGCCAUCCGCCCCCUGGAUCUACACCCUUAAUCGAAGAUUUCUCACUUACCCUCUAUCCUGGUGACCGAUGCCUUCUUGUUGGAUCCAAUGGCGCAGGAAAGACUACAAUUCUGAAGAUAUUGGGAGGAAAGCACAUGGUAGAACCAGACAUGGUCAGAGUGCUUGGAAGAUCUGCAUUUCAUGACACUGCUUUAACUGCUUCUGGAGACCUCAGCUAUCUUGGUGGAGAGUGGAGGAGAGAAGUUGCAUUUGCUGGAUUUGAGGUGCCUAUUCAAAUGGAUAUUUCUGCGGAGAAAAUGAUUUUUGGGGUUCCAGGAACUGACCCACAAAGACGAGAUGAAUUAAUUAAGGUUCUAGGUAUUGAUCUAUCCUGGAGAAUGCAUAAAGCAUCUGAUGGGCAAAGAAGAAGAGUGCAGAUCUGUAUGGGUCUCCUGAAACCAUUCAAGGUUCUUCUUCUUGAUGAGAUUACAGUUGACCUAGAUGUUCUUGCGAGGGCUGAUCUUUUGAAAUUUCUGAGCAAAGAAUGUGAAGAGCGAGGCGCUACUAUAAUUUAUGCAACACAUAUUUUUGAUGGUCUUGAGAAUUGGCCUUCUCAUAUGCUAUAUGUGGCUCAUGGGAAGUUGCAAUUAGCAAUGCCAAUGGACAAGGUGAAGGAGAUCAGCAAUAUGUCAUUAAUGAGGACAGUAGAGAGUUGGCUGAGGAAAGAAAGAGAUGAGAAGAGGAAAAGAAGGAAAGAGAGAAAGGCGAAGGGCCUUCCAGAGUAUGGAAAACAAGUUGAGGGCAGUCGAGUGGUUGGGGAUCCAGCUCGUGCUGCUGCUCGUCCAUUAAACAACGGUUGGGCUGGUGGAAGGCUAAAUUCUACUAUUGCUGGUGAAGAAAAUUUUGUCUUAAGCUCGAACCGUGUUCUAAGAUAAAAGCGAACUAACGAACACGUCUUCGAACUGGUGUCUCAACUUAUUUUAUCAUUUCAUUUUUACCGGUCAGAUGAUCAUGAAACUAGUGCUAUUAAAGUUUGUUAAAUUGUAGAAUAGAAAUAUCUAUAAUAUUUGAUCUGUGUACGUAUCUCCUAUUCUUUAUGUAUUCUUGUGGACAAGAAAAAUAGUGCGGUUUUAUAAUUUGAUUAAAACUA